AUGUUUGUGGCAAUUAAGCAGGAAAGGCCGUUCAUAAGCAUUGAGGGGAGGAAGAGAAGAAUAUCGACACGUUUCUAUAAUGCUCUUUGCGUAUUGAGCCUGGGGGGAGUCUAUAUGAUAUGUAGAUAUCUACCCAGCGUCAAACAUUUUCUGCUUAGUUCGCCUUGUAGCCUUUCUGAGGCGGAUUGUGCUAUAAUAACAUCGCAGAAUGGAAAGAGGGAGUUUAUCAAUGUUCUUUUUUAUGACACUGCCGAAAUUCCUUCGCUCAGAAGGUACACCCAGGGAGGAAAAGCUCGAGUAAUAGAUUCCCAAUUUUCUAGGCUUAUAUAUGAUGUUGUCUCCAGAAAGUUUGUUGUCCCGCCAGAACAGAAGUUGCUUUCCAGGGAUUUUGAGGAGCUUUACAGUAUGGAGGUUUCGAAGUCUCCGGAGACUGAGAGAGCAGAGGCUAUACAAAGAAACAUAUUCUAUGGAAAAAACAUCACAAACCUCCCGAUUCCAAGCAUUUCCGGGAUAAUUCUUAAAAACAUGUUCAGUAUCACAUUUCUAUCGAAUGUGAUAUGCCUAUUUGUGUGGAGGUUUAUUGAGUACACGAAAUACGCAUUUGUGAUGGGAAUACUCAUGAUGUAUUCAUUUGUGUUUACAAACUGGGAGGAGAUUUUGCAUUCGAUUAAUAUGAGGAAGCUUGUGAAGAAGAGGACUGUCAGGAUACUUCGGGGAGGAAAGUUUGUGUGUGUGGACAGCCGGGACAUAUAUCCUGGAAACAUAAUUUACAUUGAGCCGUGUAAGGAGUUUCCAUGCGAUGCUCUUGUUAUCAGGGGUGAUGCCAUAACAAAUGAAUGUCUGCUUACUGGGGAGGCGGUCCCCAUAUACAAGAAUGCUGAGCAGCCCUGCACUGUUUACUCUGGAACAGAUGUUCUAAAGAGCAUCAAUACUGUACCGAUAUUUACCAAUCCAAGAAACGAAAAUCUCUGCAGGGUUAGAAGUCUCACUAGCAAAAAUAAGCAGAGGGCCGCUGGGGUGGUUGACUCUAUGCAUGUUCCCGAGAAUUUUGCUAUUGGGAUGGUUCUUAGAACUGGAUUUCAAACUGCGCGCGGGCAGAUUCUAAAGAACAUGAUCAACUCAAAGCCUGUUUACAACAGAUUCAUAAAGGAAGCCGAGACAAUUAUAUUUGGCAUUGUAGGCAUUGGAGUGAUUAUUUCAGUUGUGAUGGGAUAUGUUUUCAGGGCUAUGGAGCUUGAUUCAAGGAUGAAUCUUGUGUACAAUCUUGACUUGUUUUUUACACUAGCCAACCCUGCGCUUCCAACAUAUCUAAGACUCGGGGCCCAACUGUGCUACAGAAAGCUGAUCAAGAAGAACAUCUACUGUAACAACCUAAACAAGAUACAUCUAGCCGGAAGGAUAGACACGGCUGUGUUUGACAAGACUGGAACACUAACAUGUGAUGGGCUUGAUCUCCUUUUCAUUGAUGAUCUCAGCGAGCCGGCUGAUGACAUUGACAAGGUUAGCAUGCUUGUUAGGAUUGGGCUGAGCACAUGCCAUUUGGUGUAUGAGCUGGAUGGAAGGUACUCUGGAGACACCCUUGAUUUGAAGAUGUUUAUCUUCUCCUCUUCGAAGCUUGUUCAGAACGAAAGCACAAGAAUGGUAGUUAUUGGGGGACAGAAUAAGAUAUACGGGCCCAUUUUAAAGGAAUACAACGACAGCGAAGAAAUGGUAUACUACCAGAAAGACAAGAUCUAUGGAAACAAGUUUGCUGUUGGGGAUGGAGGUGUCUAUGAAGAAUGUAAGGAUACUUCGCCGGUGGUCCUUGAUAUCGAUGGGAUCAGCAAUCAUAAUCUGGGCGAUGGAUGCAAGGAAGAGUGGGACGGUGGGAUCAAUGCAGUGAUUAUGAAGACCUAUGAGUUCGACUCGAAUAUAAGAAGGAUGAGUGUUGUGGUGGAUGUUGGAAGUAAGAAGUAUGUGUUUACAAAGGGAUCUCCCGAGUCCAUCCAGCAGAUUUUGAAGGAGUGCCCAAAGGAAUAUGAAGAAAAGGCUAAGGAAUACUCUUUGGCAGGAUAUAGAGUAAUAUCUCUGGCAUACAAGGAGAUAGGCAAAAGCAUUGACAGGGCUGCGGACGAGUGUGGGAUGGAGUUUCUUGCUCUUAUAGUGUUUUCGAAUAAGCUCAAGGCAAACUCGAAAAGAACCAUUGAGGAGCUCAACGAGGCAAAUAUAAGAAGUAUUAUGUGUACUGGAGACAACAUACUAACUGCGAUAUCUGUGGGGAGGGAGUGCAGGAUCGUGGAGGAGUUUGUUCCUGUGAUAUUCCCUGUCCUCGAGGAGAAUGCAAAGUCCAUCUUUGAUGUUGACUGGCUCUGCGUUGGAGAUGAAGAGGAGUUUACCUUUGACAAGGUGAAACUGAGCCUGUAUAGGGGGAAUGAUAGGGUUUCAAACAAUGAGUUUGUUGUUGCAUGCGAAGGAAGGGAGUUUGACUUCUUCAGAAACACACAUUACUUCCAAUUUAUCCUUGAGAAAGGAGCUAUAUUUGCCAGGUUCAACCCUGGGCAGAAGAAGGCUCUUAUAGAGAAUCUGAGGGCGAUUGGGAAGGUCACAAUGUUUUGCGGAGACGGUGCAAAUGACAGCGGGGCACUCAGCAGUGCAGAUGUUGGCCUAGCCUUAGCGCAGAACGAAGCUAGUCUUGCAGCCAACUUUACAUCCGCCGACAUAGGCUCGGCCCUGGAUCUGAUCAAGGAGGGGAGGUCGGCAUUUGUAACGUCUGUUGGCACAUUCAAGUAUGUUGUCUCUUCCUGUGUGAUUUCGUACUUAGGGCUUCUCUUUCUCUCUUUAAGGAAGAACUUUUUGAGCGAUAUACAAACGAUGCACACGGACCUGUUUGUGUCAGUUCCUGUCACAUAUAUGCUGACAUGCUUCGAUGCAUCCGAUAAGUUAUUUCCCAGCCGUCCAGACGCGUUUCUCUUGCCAAAAAGAGAUUUUAUACCUUUUUGGACAACUAUAGCCUUUGAGGGCCUGAUUCUCCUGGCUCUGUCUUGCUACGGCGAUGCAAGCUCUGUUAUGUGUGACCAGUCGAUUGGGGCUGAGCUUGUGUUCUUUGCCAUGACGUUUAUUUAUAUUUUCAAUGGCGUGUAUCUGAGCGAAUGGUUUCCACACAGACAAAGCUUGGGAAGCAAUGUAUUGUUCAAGGCCUUCAUCUCCUUUGCUUUUCUUGUAAGCGCUUCUCUUUUGGUGGCAGUGUAUGCAUUUCCUGAAUGGACAUCCCAAUGGCUGAAAGAAUACAAGUUUGUGAGGACAAGUGGGUUUGAGGUUGGACUAGUUCUUAUCUCUAUAUUUUUGAUUGCGGCUGCAGUGUUUGUAGCUCAGCCUUUAAUUAGCAGGGUGUUUGAUGAGGGGAAGAGGGGAGGUAGAGCAGGGGGAGAUUCACUGGAGAGGACAUAA